AUGGAUAGGGUAUGUGACGGUGUUUAUCACUGUGCUUACGGUGAAGAUGAGAGACCCCCUGAAUGCACCAUGAAGAGAUGCCUUCAGAGAGGCGGGUUUUACUGUGACAUCGCGCGUCAGUGCAUCCAUAAAAACAUGGUAUGUGACGGAAUAGACGAUUGCUACUUCGAUGAAGAUGAGUCUUCUCGUGCAUGCACUCUCAAACUAAAGUGUGAAUCAAAUUGGUCCUUAGAAGAAGGCUGCUUUAAUCGAUGCAAACCUGGUUAUUUCGGCAAUUUUUGUGAGAAAAAUUGUUCAGAAAAAUGUUUGAACAGGAUCUGUAAUGUACAAAGUGGAAUUUGUACAAACUGUACACCUAGUAAAUAUGGCGAAAAUUGCGAUAAAACUUGCCCAGUUGAAUGUUUGAAUGGGAAAUGUAAUCGCUCAAGUGGCAUUUGUCAGGAAUGUACACUUGGUGUAUUUGGCAAGUUUUGCGAGAAAGAUUGUUCAGAAGAAUGUUUGAAUGGGAUAUGUAAUAGCUCAAGUGGAAUAUGUAAAGACUGUACAACUGGUUAUUAUGGCAAGUACUGCGACAAAACUUGCCCAGAAGAAUGUUUGAAUGGGACAUGUAAUACAUCAAGUGGAAUAUGUAAGGACUGUAACCCUGGUCACUUUGGCAAGUAUUGCGAAAAAACUUGUUCAGAUGAAUGUUUGAAUGGGACAUGUAAUAGCUCAAGUGGAAUUUGUAAGGAUUGUAACUCUGGUUACUUUGGCAAAUAUUGCGAAAAAACUUGUUCAGAACAAUGUUUGAAUGGGAUAUGUAAUACAUCAAGUGGAAUAUGUCAGGAAUGUGAACUUAGUUAUUUUGGCGAGUUUUGCGAAAAAAGUUGUUCAAAUGAAUGUUUGAAAGGGCUAUGUAAUAGCUCAAGUGGAAUAUGUAAGGACUGUACACGAACGUAUUUAGAAAGUUGUUCGCUAAGAUGUGGCCAAGGAUGUCGCCAAAGAAACGGGUUUCCGCAAUGUGACAGACAAACUGGCGAAUGCUUGAACGGCUGUUAUCUUACUUAUGGAAGCUAUUGCAACGAAACUUGUAGUAACUGCAAAAGACCUUACUCGGUUGUCCCGUGCGAUUUCGACGGGGUAUGUCUGUUGGGAUGUGAAAACGAUUAUUGGGGCAAAAAGUGCAAUACUAAAUGCAGUGCCAACUGCCAAGGUGACGAACAUGGAAACCGAUGUAAUUCAUCUACCGGUGAAUGUAUAAACGGCUGUACUCCUGGGUGGAGUGGUAUAUUCUGUGGGGCUUCUUUAGAUGUGAGCAGUUUGCAAACGACACCUGUGAUAGUUAUAUCCGCUAUUCUCACUGUGGUUGUCAUUGUUGUCGGGAGUGUCUGCUUGUUAUUGGCUCGAAAAGGGUAG